AUGCCGUUAAUUUCAUGGGAGGAGUCUGAAGCCUUGAGCAAGCAGAGAAGGCCAUCCGGAUGGUUGAUUCAGGAAAGGAAAUUAGUGGACCAAAGGGGUAUGGCUACGGCAUUAAUGGGGAAUCAUCCAAUGUUGAAAUUAAUUCAGAAUCUCAUCCCGGUGGAGGAGUGCGAUGUGUUGAUAAGUUGCAAGGAAGAAGUUAUGGGAAUAUUGAAGCACAUGUUGAUAUGGAAACCGGAGUGGAAGCACUCGAAGGAAUUGUUGAGGAGGCUGGGAUGGAGUAUGGUGGAAGCUGCAAUUAUGAAUCCUAGUCGUGUCGAGAUUCCGAUGGGUCAGUUUGUGAAGAUGAACAUUCUAAUGUGGAAUUGCAGAGGUGCAUUGAAUCCGGAUUUUAAGAGGAGGGUGUUUGAAAUGGCUAUGAACCAUAGGCCGUCGAUAAUGGUCAUAAUAGAGACUAGAGUGGGGGGUAGCAGAGCUGAGAAGAUAAUUGAAGCGCUUCCAUUUGACGGCUUUAUCACCACGGAAACUAUUGGGUACACGGGUGGAUUAUGGAUUUUGUGGAGUAGAGAAGAUGCUGAAGUUAAUCUGUUAUCUGCUACAGAACAGGAAAUACAUGCAAUGGUAAAGGUAUGUGCAUCAAACCUUUCUUGGUUAUUUACAGCAAUAUAUGCUAGUCCUCAUUUAGCUGAGAGGAGAAUCCUGUGGUCUAAUAUAGAUAAGGUUGGGCAAUUACAUAAUCUUCCUUGGUUAAUGAUUGGGGAUUUUAAUGAAAUUCUAGGUGGGGAGGAUAAAUUUGGGGGGAAUCAAAUUAAUGUAAACAGGGCCCUCGAAUUUAAAGAAUGUCUGGAUUCGUGUAAUUUUGUAGACCUUGGGUUUGCUGGACCUAAAUUUACUUGGACUAAUAAAAGGCAAAUUUCAGACUUGAUUUUGGAAAGACUAGAUAGAUGCUUUGCCAAUCCAAUUUGGAGAAUUUUGUACCCUGAGGCGGUGGUAACCCAUCUUCCUAGAACCUUCUCAAAUCAUCAUCCUGUCUUGAUAGAAUUAUGGAAACCUAAUACUAAUGGUUUGGAGCGGCCUUUCCGUUUCCAGACUAUGUGGUUACUUCAUCCGAAUUUCUAUAGGAUCGUUAGAGAAGCUUGGCCGGAAGGUGCUAAUUUAGAAGUGGCCACUACUGAUUUUAUUAGGAAGGCGAAGAAAUGGAAUUUUGAGGUUUUUGGUAAUAUUUUUGCGAAGAAAAAAAGGGUGCUAGCCAGGUUGAAUGGUACACAAAAGGCUUUGGCUAAUAAUCCUACUAAAUCUCUUAUGAGGCUAGAAGACCAACUUAUUGAAGAGUACUCCUCGAUUUUGCUUCAAGAAGAGGAGUUUUGGGCCCUUAAGUCUUGGAUUAAUGCUGCUGCAUUUGGAGACCGGAACACAUCUUAUUUUCAUAUGAAUACGGUAGUGAGGAGGCAUAGGAAUAAAAUAAGGUGUUUGAAGGAUGGUAUGGGCGAAUGGAUAGUUGAGGAAGAGGCAGUGAAGGAACAUAUUUUAAAGGGGUUUAUGAAGCUUUAUGCUACGGGUUUGGAGAUGUCCUACAGAAACUCUGCUGUUUCUGAAUCCUCCAGUAGUUUUCUCUCUAAACCAGAUAGGAGUUGGAUGGGAAGGGAAGUGGUGGAUGAAGAUGUGAGGAGUGGUUUGUGGGCUUUGAAGCCGUUUAAAGCACCAGGGCCGGAUGGGAUCCAUGCUGGCUUCUAUCAGCAUUUUUGGCAUGAGGUGGGGAAUUCAGUUUGUGAGGUGAAAAAGAUUUUCAGGGAUGGUAAAGUUCCAGACCAGCUUAAUGAGACACUUGUGACUUUAAUUCCGAAAUAUAAAAGCCCUGAGUCCCUGAAUAAUUAUAGACCGAUUAGCCUUUGCAACUCGGUUUAUAAAAUUGUUUCUAAGAUCCUAGCGGAGAGGAUCAAACCGUAUCUAAAUAAGCUUGUAUCCCCUAUCCAAACGGCAUUUGUGCAGGGAAGGAAAGGAUUAGAUAACAUUUUAGUUGCUCAAGAGCUAUUCUAUGCUUUGGAUAAUAAAAAAGGCAAGGAGGGGUAUAUGGCCAUUAAAGUUGAUUUGGAGAAAGCGUAUGAUAGAAUGGAGUGGUAUUUUAUACACAAAGCUCUACAUGCUUUCCACUUCCCUCAAAAUCUGAUUAAGGUGAUAAUGAGUUGUGUCACCUCCACUAAGGUGUCUAUUUUGUUUAAUGGAGGGAAGUUGGAAGCCUUUAAUCCUUCAAGAGGGCUUCGACAAGGAGAUCCUUUAUCGCCGUAUCUCUUUAUUUUUUGCAUGGAGUACUUAGGCCAUUUAAUUGAGAAGAAAUGUAUGGAGGGAGUGUGGAAGCCGUUGAAAGCCUCGAGAGAAAAUAUUGGUAUCUCCCACCUCUUUUUUACGGAUGAUUUACUUCUAUUUGCUAAAAUAGAUGAGGAUGCUUGUGAAGCUAUAUCGGAAGUAUUGGAUGAAUUUUGUGAGGAGUCGGGUCAAAAAGUGAGUAUGGAGAAGUCAAGAAUCUAUUUUUUCCCUAAUGUGCAAGCUGAAAUUAAGAGCGGAGUCUGCUCAAGGUUGGGUAUUCAAGCCACGGUGAAUAUUGGGAAUUAUCUUGGAUUCCCAAUCAAACAUAAAGGGGUUCCAAGAAAUAGAAUGAACUUUAUAGUUGAGAGAGUUAUGAGCAAGCUGGUUGGUUGGAAGACUAGAUUCCUUUCUUUUGCAGGCAGAUCGGUUUUAGUGAAAUCAGCCAUGUCUACUAUUCCGAAUUAUGUUAUGCAGGCCGCUGCCCUUCCUGCUCACCUUUGUGACGAAUUGGAUAAAAUUAAUAGGGACUUCUUGUGGGGUUCAACUAAUGAAAAGAGAAGACUUCAUUUGGUAGGGUGGAGUAAGAUUAUUAGGCCAAAGGAAGAGGGAGGACUUGGAAUUCAAGCUGCGAAAUUCAAGAACUUGGCAUUAUUAGCAAAGCUAAAUUGGAGGCUGAAUCAGGAAAAAGAAAGUCUAUGGGCAAAGGUUAUUUUGAAGAAGUAUUGUUCAACAGAUAGAAGGAGAGCUAGAGACCCGGAUAAGUUGCCAUGUUCUCCAAAUUUAAGAGCCAUUAAAGCUGGGUUUCAGACCUUCGCUGAGGGUAUUUGUUGGGGGGUGGGGAAUGGAGAAAGAAUUAAGAUUUGGGCGGAUAGUUGGAUAAGGGGAUGCUCAUUGAGAGAACUGAUUGAAGGCCCUUUGACUCCAAGGGAGAUGGAUAUAAAGUUGUCUGAGUUUUUUCUGGAUUCGGAGCAGGGGUGGAAGUGGGAUGCUAUAUCCUUUGAGUUGUUGGUUUGUAUUAAAGAAAGGAUUAAAGCUAUUCCAAGGCAACUGGUUGGAAGAGGAGAAGAUGUGAUUAUGUGGAAGCAUACUAAGGAUGGAGAGUUUUCUACUAAUUCUGCCUAUGCUUGGCUGAAUGGUUCACAACAAGAGGAGACUAAUUUCCAAGGGAAGUGGAUAUGGAAGAUAGAUAUGUUGCCAAGGAUUAUUAAUUUUCUUUGGCUGUGUAUGCAUGAAAGUCUGCCUGUUAGAUCGGUUUUGGCUAUGAGGGGAAUAACAAGGGAGAGUUGCUGCCCUUUAUGUAAAAAUUUUCCAGAAACUAUUAGUCAUUUAUUGAAAGAGUGUGUGGUGGCAAAAGAUUUCUGGUUUAAACUUAGAGUCCCCCAUGAUAUGGUUAGUUCUUUUUCUAAUUUGGACUUGCUUGAAUGGCUAAAAGUUAAUUGCCAAAGUAAGAUAUUACAUUACUCUUCUGUGCCGUGGUCUUAUGUUUUUUCCUUGGCUAUUUGGAAUUUGUGGAAACAUAGAAAUGGUAUGGUGUUUAAUAAUAGCAUUGUCAAUGGAAACUUACAUAGUGUUAGUAAAAAUCAAGCCUUGGAAUAUUACUACUGUGUGGGUAAGGCUAGGCGUCAGAAGAAUAUGGUGAUUUGUAAUGUCAGGUGGGAAAAACCUCCCUUAGGAUGGUGUAAAUUAAAUAUUGAUGGGGCUGCCUUUGGCAAUCCGAGAAGGGCAAGAGGAGGGGGAGUGAUUAGAGAUAGUGAGGGUAGAUGGUUGAGAGGCUUUGCUCGGUCUAUUGGCUUCACAGCCAGCAUUACAGCAGAAUUUUGGGCUCUAAGGGAUGGUUUAUUGCUGGCUGUCCAGAUGGGAGUGCAGAACCUUGUGAUUGAAUUAGAUGCCAAGGUGGUAGUUGAGCUGGUGCAGUCUUACUCUCCCUCUAAUGCAUUUUACUCUUCCUUGCUGGCUGACUGUAGGUCGCUUCUGGGCAAGUUUCAGCACUACAGGGUGCAGCAUGCAUUCAGGGAAACGAAUAGAGUUGCAGAUGCUAUGGCUAAGUUAGGAGGAGUGAUGCAAGAUCAUUUUGUAGUUUGGGAUAUUCCCCCAUUUGAUGUAAUAGCAAAUUUUGUGUAUUUUGAUACUAAUGGGGAAAGUGUAUGUAGGCUUGUUGCCUAA